AUGUUCCAACAGAAACCCUAUUCGGCGGUAACUGUCACCAUCGAGAACCUUACCUCCGAGUCAUACGAGGAGGAGGAUCUCAGCGGCAUCCCCGAGCUCGUCGAGGUCAUCAAGCUACAAGCUUCCGGCCCAGGAGAGGCAGCCCGCGCUAUCCGCAAGAAGCUCAAGUAUGGAAACGUCCACCGCCAGAUCCGCGCCCUUGUCAUCCUCGACGGCCUCAUCCAGAACGCUGGAGAGAGGUUCCAGCGCACCUUUGUCGAUGAACCGCUUCUUGAGCGGCUGCGUGUUUGUGGCACAUCCCAGCUGUCUGAUAUCGCCGUGAGGAACAAGUGCAGAGAGCUUUUCCGAGGAUGGACGCAAUAUGCUGGGACCCCAGGUCUGGACAGGAUCGCAAGACUCCACAAGGAACUACCCAAGAGGAAGCAAGCCGUCACUCAGGAGAGGUCCAAGGUUCUUAGGGAAACGGAGGAGAACCCCUUUGUCGACGACGAGCAGGAGGAAGCUGCCAAGGCAGCUCGACAGGCUGCUAGUUCAUCCAAUGCGCCGCCCACAGCCGCCGAGUCUUUUAGCCAUGCCCACACCAAGUCUUCCUCUGGAUCUGGCUCUUUCUUCGGUGGCUCAAAGGACAAGAAGAAGGAAAAAGACAAGGCCAAGGGGAAGCGGAAGCCCUUCAACCUCGAGGCGGAAAAGGAGACGAUGAAGGUGGUCAUUGCCGACUCGUCCUUUGCCGCGACAAAUUUGAUGAAUGCGCUUCAAAGCAUCAACCGCGAGGUCGAACGUAUCUCGGAGAACCCGGCCGCCGUGGAACGAUUCGAAGCCUGCAAGCUUCUCCGACGAAAAGUGCUUCGUUAUAUCCAUCAUGUUGAAGAAGAGCAGUGGCUGGGUGGACUGCUGCAUGCCAACGACGAACUCGUGCACGCCCUCAUGUCGUUUGAGCAGUUCGACCGCUCUAUCGAUGCGGACAGUGACUCGGAUGAUGAGCUUGCCGAGCAGGCCCAUCUUUACCGGAUGGCUACUAUAAAGGGCAAGGAGGCCAUGGCAAAGGCCGCAAACGCGCAGUCACCGACAACCUCGCAACCCCCCGAUCUUUCCGAGUUGACCAUCUCGCAUUCUCCUACACAUGCCGCGCCUCCGAGACCUCCUCCCAUGUCCAAGCCCGCUCACUCGGCCCCUCCUCCUCCUCCCCCUCAGCCUCCGAGACCAGUCGCUGCUCCUGUUGUUACCAACAUGGAUGACGACGAGGACGAUGAUGAUCCGUUUGGUGACAAGCAUGAACUUGACACGCCUGGAGUUGAACGCGACCAGCCUAGGUGGUGA